UGUAUUAACUUUCCAAAGGCUUAAACAAAGAAAACUCUCUUCCCAAACAUGGGAAUGUAGAAGAUUACUAUUCCCAUGCAAGGAUUACUCCAAUCCAAAGAGCCCCUGAUAGAUUUUCUUCUUUCUUCCAUUGUGGUUCACUUAACAUUGAGGCAGAGACGUGCGUGGUAGUGGACGUGCUUUUUAUUCUAUACAGGCGUGGCAUUGGAAAGAAACGAAAGCAGAAAAUAAAAUCUUUGGAAGAGAGGAAAAUGGCGACAGUGGGUGGAAUCAAUGAAGUUGAUGGAAGGCAGAACAGUCUCAAGAUCGAAACCCUUGCUCGUUUUGCUGUCGAUGAGCACAAUAAGAAACAGAAUUCGCUUCUGCAAUUGAAGAAGGUGGUGAACACGAAGCAACAGCUGGUUGCUGGUCCGCUCCAUCAUAUUACAUUGGAGGCUGUGGAUGGGGAUAAGAAGAAAGUUUACGAAGCCAAGGUAUGGGAGAAGCCAUGGAUGAAUUUUAAGGAGCUCCAGGAAUUCAAACUUAUUGGCGAUGCUCCUUCUGGAUCAUCCGCUUAAUUCUCAGCAAUAUGGUGACCGGGGAUAUGUUUUAUAUGAAUCGGUAUGCUUGGUCACAAGUCUAACCCGGGUAUAUGUUUUGUAUGGAUCGGUAUGCCUGGUCGCAAGUCUAACUUUAAGUCUAUCAUAUCAUAAGUAUGUUGCAUGCUAUCCAAUAGAAUCAAAUCGUCCUCAAAAUCUAAUAUUUAUCACUUUAUUAUGUAGAACAUGUGGAUAACUGUUCUUAAUCUACUGCUACUCUGUUAGAAACAUUGAUUAAAUAGUUACAAUCUAUGGAGGCAGACCAGACCUAUAUAAUAUCACUUUUGAAUCAAAUUUCCACA